AUGGGAUCGUAUGUUUUAUUAACCUUUCUGUGUUUUUUCUGUUGUAAAAUUGGAGCGAGCAAAGACAGUUGUCUUAGACACGGACAUCCGGUUACUCCAAACCGGACCUUAAUCUCCGCCGGCGGGAACUUCGCGUUGGGAUUCUUCCGCCCCGGAAACUCCUCUUCUUCCUUUCUCGGGAUUUGGUACAAUUCCAUCAACAAUACUGUGAUCUGGGUAGCUAACAGAGAAUCUCCUCUGCCUCCUCAAGAUUCCCAAGCCCAUUUCACAGUCGGGGACGAUGGGAAUUUGCGGCUUUUGGAUGGCGAAAAAAAUGUUAUAUGGUCCACCAAUAUCUCCGGCGGCGGCGGAAACUCCUCCGUCGCCCUACUGCUAGACACGGGAGAGCUUGUUGUGAAGCAGGGCGAGAGCAUCGUUUGGGAAAGCUUCAACAAUGGAGACAGCGAUACAUUAAUGCCGGGGAUGAGGCUAAAGGUAAACAAGAAAACUGGAAAACGGAACGUGAUAAGAUGUUGGAGCAGCAGUGAUGAUCCCCGGCCAGGGAAAUUCUCCUGGGGAAUGGAUCCUAAAGGGUCUCCUCAGCUUUUGAUUUGGAAAGAAGAUGUUCCUUAUUCUAGGAGCAAUUUGUUCCAGGAUGGGUUUACUUACAGUAGGUACUUGCCACAACUGGGAUACUCUGCAUAUUACUCUUUUGCUACAAAAAAUGAUGAAGAAUAUUUCAGCUAUGGAUAUGCUGACACCUCAUUUCAACCAAGGGCCAUCUUGACUCCGGGCGGCAAUCUUCAAUUACUGUUAAGGCAAAAAGGAAUAAGAGAUAAUCAAUGGCUGAUACUGUGGCAGGUGCCAUCCACCAAGUGUGAUUUAUACUCACACUGUGGUUCAUUUGGGGUCUGUGAGCAAGAUGGUUCACACUCGGUUUGCAGUUGCUUGAAAGGGUUUAGACCCAAAUCUCUGAAAGAUUGGGAUAAGGGGAAGUAUGAUGCAGGGUGUGAGAGGAGCAUAGCGUUGGGGUGUGGAGAAGGAGAAGAAGAUGGGUUCAUGAGGUUGGCGUUGAUGAAAUGGCCUGACCAUUCAUCUUCACUGGGAAAUAUGACAUUUAAGGAAUGCCAAUUGGAGUGUUCUAAGAACUGCUCCUGCACCGCUUUUGCGUAUGCAAAUAUCACUCCUGACUCUGCUGUCAAUUGUAUAAACUGGUUUGGCGACUUGGUCGAUUUGACGCAUAACUAUUCAGCUGGUCUUAACGAUUUUGGCCAAGAUCUCUAUGUUCGAGUUCAUGCAUCUGAGCUAAGUAAUACUCCAUCUGUCCAAUCUGUCUAA